UUAUCGAAAAGACGCCGUCUUUUAACACAUUCGCCGACGAAAGAUCCCGGAUGAAGUCACCAUUUCUGUGUUCGCCUACUUCCGUUUCGUAGCUUAGUUGCCCACUUAUUAAAGCUGUUGUAGUUAUAAAAAUGGCAGAACAACAGCUGGACUGUGCCCUGGACUUAAUGAGGAGGCUACCCCCACAACAGAUAGAGCAAAACCUCAGUGACCUUAUAGACUUGGUACCAGACCUGUGUGACGAGCUCCUGUCAUCAGUGGACCAGCCUCUGAAGAUUGCACGGUGUAAGACCACUGGCAAAGACUACCUGCUGUGUGACUACAACAGAGACGGUGACUCAUUCAGAUCUCCCUGGAGCAAUAGCUAUGAUCCCCCAUUGGAUGACGGCACGACUCCAUCAGAAAAGCUACGGAAACUAGAAAUAGACGCAAAUUCAGCUUUUGACCAAUAUAGAGAGAUGUACUUUGAAGGUGGUGUAUCCUCAGUAUACCUGUGGGAUCUAGAUCACGGGUUUGCGGGCGUCAUCCUUAUCAAGAAGGCGGGGGACGGCUCCAAGAAAAUCAAGGGGUGCUGGGACUCAAUCCAUGUCAUAGAAGUUCAGGACAAGUCAAGUGGUCGUAACGCCCACUACAAGCUCACAUCAACGGUGAUGCUGUGGCUGCAGACCACACGGGAGGGCUCCGGCACCAUGAACCUGGGGGGCAGUCUCACCAGGCAGAUGGAACAGGAUUGCGCCGUCGCCGAGUCUCACCUCGUCAACAUCGGGAGACUUGUUGAGGAGAUGGAAAACAAGAUUCGAAGCACGGUGUAUGAGAUCUACUUCAGCAAGACUCGAGACAUCGUGAAUGGCCUGCGCUCCACGACACAGCUGCAAGAUGAGAGACAGAAGAAGGACUUGCAGAAUGAUUUGAUGUCGGCCCUCAAGUCCCGUCAGACCAACUCAUAAUAGCGCAUUGACAUUAGAGAGCAUUGUCCAAUUGACUGUAUAUCUUGCAAUAUCUGGUAGAGAUUUCAUCAUAACAUAGACAGAGGCCUGGAUAGCUACUAACCCCAUGAAUAUCAACUCUGCCGUUAACUUAGGCCACUGAUGAACUGCAAAUUAAAGUUUAAAUGUUGUAUAAUGAGAGUGUAGACGUACUUCAUAGGACAUCUAAGUGGCUACAGACAGAAAGGCUGACGUCCAUUGUGAAUAGUAACAGGAUUAGUAUUUGGAAAGCUUCAAAACAACUUUAACUGGGAAUAGAAAGAAAGCAGUUAUACAGCUGUGUGUUUGUUUGUACUUGUACAAAUAUAUGUAAUUUUAUUUCAUUUGUCUAUUUAAGGUUAUGUCUAAAAAUUGCAUUUAAAUGUUCGUAUAUACUUUCUUUUUGACAUUAUUAAGAUUUUAUGUAUAAGCAAUUAAGCCUGUGUUAUGUUUAAAAAAUCAGCCAGUGUUGAUACAGCAUUUAGACAAGACAACUAUUUAAGCAACCAAUGCAUAGUACAUAUAACUAAUUUGUAGUUUAUUUAUGUCUCAUAAGUAAAAAGUUUAUUACAUGUUCUAAUUUUUUUUUAGUAACUUUAAUAGUUAGAAUGACUAAAAAGCAGUCUUUUAAAUGUGAGAUUUAGUUGUAGGCGAAUCAGUAUACAUGUAUUUAUCUUCUUUGUAUUCACUUAAUUUAUUUAUAUCAACUUGCAUUGUACAUGUAAUUCCAAUGCUCUUGAAAUUUAAGUGUUUGACAUUUAAUUCCUACCUAUGCAUAAUUCUUAACUUGUUUUGGGAUAUGUUUGAUAUAAGUAGUUAGUGUAAGGCAUGUAUACAAUAUGCAUGCACAAAAGCCCUACUUCAAAGUUAAAAGAUUGAAAUUGCAAUUUCCAGAUUUUUUACGUAUUCAUUUUACACACUCAGAAGAAAUAAGCAAAAUGUCAAACAAGUGAAAAUUUCUAAUAGCAUUUUGUUAAAAGAUAAAUUAAAAUUAGGAAAAUCACGCAAAAUGUCAAAACAACUGGAAUUGUUUAUAAUAGCAUUGUAUGAACUUCUAGAAGAAAUUACUUCCUUCUAAGCGCAAUGGUGAUUUAAAAAAAUAUUGGUAUAGCUUAUCAUGUACAUUUGUAAACAAAUUGUCUGAUAAUUUUGUGAAGUCACAUGCAAAAUGUUGUCUCACGAACACCUACUGGGAAGUGAUGUGGAGAUGGGAUCACAUCUGCUGGAAACUUGGUCUUUGGUUUUCUUUUGUUAAUGGUAGCUUUUGUUAAGCAACAACAUUUUGUCCUUAACUUCACAACUAACAGUUUUAGGUUAGACCUGGUCUUCAGUAAGUUUCUGUUGUAGUUUGAGUAAAUUAAAAUUUCCAUAGUCCAAAACUGUAACCAGUUACUCAGUAGAGUUCCAAUAACCGUUGUCCAGUUCAAUUGACCCCACAAAGAAAGAUUUAUCCACACAGAAUGCACAAGUCCUAAAGGAGUAAACUAUUUAAGAUUGAUUGUCGAACUGAAACGAGUGGGCUAGAUUGACAAAAUGGAGUGCUAUUUAAUGUCCUUUAUUAAUACUAGUUUAAUUGUUAUUGCAACUUUUUACCAAUUAUGUAACACUGUACACUGUAUGUACAGGCUGUGUUGAUUCUGUGUACUAUGAUUAUGAAUCAUGAUGUAUAAGUAAAGUAUUGAAUAACAA